CCCAAGGGGUAAAAAGGUAGGGGUGGGUAGCAAUCUUUGUUCAGUUCCUAAGCUUCUCUCACUUCAUCACUCUCUGCCUCUUGAAUCUUCACAAGUCAGAACCAACAACAAUGGCUGCCACGAUUUUCAUUCCCCAUUUUACCCCUCUCACCCUUCUCUAUUUUCUUCUCUUGUCCACUUCCUACAUACCCAUUUUAGCCAUUAACAUUACCCAUCUUCUAUCUUCAUACCCUGAGCUUUCCGAAUUCACUAAUCUCCUUUCCACCACCACCGUCGCCGCCGAUCUGGCGGAGCGAUCCUCCGUCACCCUUUUCGCGGUCCCCAAUACCUUCAUCCGCAACUCCGAUGUGAUGAACAACCAUUCUCCGUCGUCAUCCUCCAUUAGUCUCGGCGAUGUCCUUCGUUACCAUGUUCUGCUCGAGUACUACUCUUGGCCUGAUCUCCUCCUUAUACCACCCGCCGGUAAACUUGUCACUACUCUGUAUCAGACCACCGGACGAGCUCCUAGCAAUUCCGGGUCUGUUAACAUUACCCAUGACCCGAUUUCAAAUGCCAUCACUAUCCAUUCACCGAAUUCCAACGCUACUGUUAUCAAUUCUGUGAAGACAGUGCCGUAUAACAUUUCGAUUUUCACCGUUGAUUCAGUUUUAGUUCCUAAUGGGUUUAAUUUAAUGGCAUCUGAAACUCGACCCACUUUAGGUCUCAACAUAACCCAGACACUAAUCGAUGGGCACGACUUUAAUAUUGCCGCUUCAAUGCUGAUGGCUUCAAGAGUGGAAGAUGAGUUUGAGGAUGACGAAAGGGGUGCUGGAAUAACUUUAUUUAUGCCGACAGACCAGGCAUUUUCGGAUCUGAACUCAUCGAAGAUAUUUCAAUCUUUACCGGCGGAGAAAAAGACCGAUGUGCUUAGGUUCCACGUUUUGCACUCGUACUACCCUCUGGGUUCACUGCAAUCGAUAGUGAACCCAGUUCAACCAACAUUGGCGACGGAGCAAAAUGGGGCUGGAAGUUUCACCCUCAACAUUUCUAGAGGAAAUGGGGAUGUAUCGAUCGAUACCGGGAUCGUUCAGGCGUCGGUGACUCGAACGGUGUUUGAUCAGAAUCCAGUGGUGAUAUUUGGGGUAUCGAAGGUUUUAUUGCCUAAAGAAUAUUUUCAAAAGAAUUCAAUUGAGGUAAUAAAUAAACCAAGUAGUGGAGCACCUGCAUCAGCUGACCCACCGGAGAUUUCUAUCUCACCGGUGAAUUCGCCGGAUAUUGACGGUUCAACCAACCACUUAUCUUCACCGCCGAGGUUCGGAGAAAAAGAGUCGUCGGCGGCGAACACUAAAAGUACAAUAGGAAUAUUUUUGGGUUUAUGCUGCAUAGGGUUCUACGUAGCUACUGGGUAUUAA